AUGGAUUUCCCUUAUGUGAUCAGCACAAUUCUUCAUAUAUUAUUCUUCAAACUUUUCCCGUUGCUUCAGUUCAAGACUGAAUAUUGUUCCCUUGAGUUUCCAUUCACCUCCUCCUCAGCUGCUGAGUUGCCCUUCCACUUGAAUAUGGACGAUAUGUCUUCCCCAUAUAGGGCCUUGAAUGUGGGAAUUGAGUCUCCAGAACUUCCUUCUGAUGUUCUUGAUUCAAUUGCCAAGAAACUAGAUAUUGAUGACCUAUUCUCCUUUGGCGAAGUGUGCAAGGAUUGGAGGAUGUUUCAUUCUGAUUUUUGGCGUGAAUUCAUGGCAUCUCAUGCGCCGUUAAUUGUUCAAAAGACACCGCAUGCUAAAAGAGCUUGUUCCUUCUUUAGCAUAUCUGAUGAAAGAAUCUACAACACACUGCUUCCUUUCUUCUCAGGAUUUUCCCUUGCAGGGUUUUCCAGUGGAUACAUGGUAAUGGCUGGCCAAGACAAUGCAGUCGUGCUUGUAAACCCAUUCGCUAGAAAGAAAAUGACAAUCUCUGGCUCACCUGAUCAAGGUUGUGUCAUAGACUUAUAUGAUCGAGCCACACUAGCAUUUGCUACAAACUCAUCUGAAGAGUUUGUCCUCGUGGCCUUGUGUACAUGGUCAUUCAACAUGCACGUGUAUCAAUCUCGAAACUCGAGCUGGGUCAUAUAUUCGAGAUGGGGAACACCUUGGAGGGUCAUGGACGUGGUGGUUUGUCGAAAUACUCUAUAUGCUAUUACUGAUGAAGCUGAGAUAGGAGUGGUGAUGCUGAAUAAUAAUAAUCAUAGCUUGAAGAUUCUGGAAUUUAGCAACAAACCCAUUUUCGCCACGUCGAAUUUGAAGUUGGUGAGCACGGAUGAUAAGCUUCUAGUGGUUCUUGUUUUGCCAACUUUGGAGGUGGAAAUUUUCAUGAUAGACUUGUCUGAGAUGGCUUGGUUUAAGAUCGAAUUGUUGGGAGAUCGUGCUUUGUUUUUGGGUGUGAAUUCAAAAUGCUAUUCAUUGAGCAAUCCAGGCAUGUGGGGAUUUCAUAGCAAUUGUGUGUAUCUCAUUAGUCGCAAUUCUCCUCUGUGCAAGCUUGUGUCUUUGAAAAAUCAAGUUAUUAGAGUCAUCUCACUUCCUGAAAAUCGAGGUCCUCUUGGAGCUAAGCUUUGCAACAUUGAUUGGUGUUUUCGAUCUCGACGUGAUGAAAUGGAUUAUGCUCUCCAUGAGGAGUAA